AUGAAGUUUGCGAAACAGUUAGAAAGUGAAGCUGAGGACAUUCCCUCCGAGUGGCGACCAUAUCUCAUUCAGUAUAAAGCACUCAAGAAGCUCAUUGCAAAGGUCGCAGUCGAAAUUGAGCGUCGUGGACUGUCUGCUUCUUUUUUACGAGAAUGUCUCGGCAACAAUUCAGCCAACAAUGACAAUGGUCCAAAGAUAAGAUAUUAUUUCACUGGUGAAUCUCCCAAUGUACAUCCCUGCAUCGAGUUCAUUUACGACCCGAAUCAAUCCCAUGUGGAGGAGCUUUUGGAAAAGAUCAUAAGCAAGGAAGAAAAUGAAAGCGACAACAAUACUUGUAAUGCAUCCAGACCUAAGCUUCGAUACAAACGUACAGAGAACGACACGGAUUUCUUCACGCUCAGCAAAAAAGAUGAACGUAUCUUAACAAGUGAUACCAUGCAACGCCGACAAAGUGCAGCAGCGGAACUAUUCCGAGAAUUGAUGGACAUGACACUAUCCAGCAAAGAAGAAACAGAUCGAAUAAGUGAUAUUACGACUGAUGGCGAGGUUGAAAUCAGCAACAAGGUGGAAACAGGAAAGGAGAAAAAGGACAUGCGUAGUCUCGUUAUUGAAUUGGAACACGAUGAUGAAUUCUUUGCGACAUUAAUGACUGAGUUACAACAAGCGGCAGUCCUUCAGGAUAUGACUUCCCAAAGAUUUAAACAAGAUGUAAAUGAAUUGGAGAGGCGCAUGGCCAAAUUGACAGCGCCAAAUCACGUGACCGAUAUGUACGCAUGGCGUGCUAUUUUCAGUCUUUAUAUGGAUGCCCAGAUCUUUAAAGGCAGAGUCGAAUCCGACAGAUCGAUACAUUCGGCUCACAAAUCCAAAGCGCAGAUGGAAUGGUUCACACAACAACUUGGGGAACUCAAUCUUUUGCGUAAAUUCAAGAGUAAAGCUUCCCGAGAAUCUUUCGAGCAGUUUAUUGCACUCAAUACAGAAUUGAUCACCAUGAAACAUUAUCAGCUUUUGAAUCAAACGGCAGUAACCAAGAUUUUGAAAAAGCAUGACAAACGUAGUGGUCUAAACGCCAGUACAAGCUUUCCCAACUUUAUACAACAGAGUCGAUUUUUUAAUACCAAGUUAGCAGAUAUCCUCUGUGCAUCCAUCUUAGGAAAACUGACAACAAUCAUACCGCAACCUGAUGAUUAUCUGUGUCCCGUGUGUAUGUCGGUGGCAUGGAGACCCAUACGUCUAGCCUGUGGUCACGUAUUUUGUGUACGCUGCUUAAUCAAAGCUCAGAAAAAGAAAAUGGAUAGUUGCCCGCUAUGCCGACACCCUACUGCUGUCAAACACGCAAGCUCUUUAAACUUGGAUGUUCCAAUGCAGAACUUCUUGAAGCUGUACUUUCCACGAGAAAUCAAGCAAAAAAAGAAAGACAAUGAACGUGAGCAGGCCAUGGAGGAUAUUCAAGCUAUGACAGGUCGUGCAUAUACCGAAGAGCAGCUAAUGCGCAUGGGAGCUCAUAAUAGAGAAUGUCAUAUUAUGUAA